AUGGUGUUCUCCGACAGCAUCUACCGCAUGGCGAGUCUCGGGGUUGCUGUUGGAAAACAUUGGAGCUUUCAUGCUGACGGCGGCACAAUGGAUUUUAAGCCCCUGAAAGAGGUUUGGGGUCUACAUUCAGGUGUCUACACCCCGCGCCAAUUAGUUGAAGCUUUCGCGCCUCUGCUAGAUGCCGUUGUAUUCCGUCUGGGGAACGAUUCACCCGGCGCGAAACCAGCUCGAGUCCAACUGCUGGAUAACCUCGCGGCCAACCUGGCCACCGAUACGCGAGAGACCACACUGCGACUUAUUGAGCCUCUCGAUACGUCUCGUCAAGAAAUCAAGGAUCAGGCUAAUCGAAUCGGACAGACCUUGGUUCAAUGGGCUCGCGACUCUGGCUCUAAAUCUUUCGAUCCCGAAAUGUAUCUUCGCAGUCCCUGCGAAGGCCACUUGCUGAUUCCAGCCAAUGUUAAUUUGAUGUUUGGUGACAGAGCCGCUCCACAUCUGAUGCAACUUUUCAACGAAUACAUGCACCAGAUGGUUCUCCUUCGCGACGCUCUCCUACCCUUCCAGAACUUUCAAGAUGUACUCAUUCCCGUUAGUCGGGAAGCGAGAGGAAUUCGCUACCUAGAAACGGCGAGAAGCCAGUUUUUAUCCGAGCUGUUGACCAAGCAGACCACGCAGAAGGGCGUUAUCUCAUAUGCCAAGGCUCUUCUCGCACCUGGGCUCUUACGUACCGCCGAUCCUGGCUACGGCUUCCAGUAUAUGCAUGGGACUGUGUUGCCCGCAUUUCUAAGCGGCGAGCGAACACCGCUUCACUUGUUGCAAUAUAUUCCCGCCAAGCUCAAACCUUCGACCACUGAAAUUGUCUUCGAUUAUCGCUUCGUUGAUUAUUACACUGCUCCCCGCCUUCAGAUCCCUGAUGGUAUCCAGACGGCCGCAAUUGAACUGGGGAACUUCCCCCAAAAAGCGAACCUCCAAGUCAAGCAGUCGAAAGUAGACAUCCUGCCAAACUCAAAAGCCGACGGACCCCAGCAGCUUCAAGUGGAACUUGUAUUCAGUAAUGGCAAGCGUGUUACAGUUGAUCUAGGCCAAAUUGCCCGCGGAUAUCGAUACUCAUACUUGGCCAACGAUUCCUCUCCUGCCAAGGAAGAGACUUCUGCGAAAGGAAUAUCCAAUCCCACCCAUUUAUAUGUGGUGCACGAUCCAGCCAGUAUUCUGGAAACACCUGACACUGGUCUCGUUACCGCAAAGGAGGGAGGUAUUCACAUAAUACCAACUCAGGACCCUCUUGUUGUAUUGGCAGUUUUGGGGAAAUUAUAUCCGGAGAAUGUCGUUCUUCUUCCCGAUGAUGAAGGACUUGACCAUGCUGCAAAUACUGGGAAGGGUUUUGGGCCUAAAUUCAUUAUUUGGGGUGGUAUCAAGCGUGGAGGACUCAAAGGUUUCUUUAAAUGA